AGAAGCUGAGGCAAGAUGGCGACUAAAAUAAGCAACGAGAGUGCUCCUUUUGAUUGUCCAUCAUGGGCUGGCAAACCGCCCCCAGGUCUCCAUUUAGAUGUGAUGAAGGGAGACAAAUUAGUAGAGAAACUGAUCAUAGAUGAAAAGAAGUACUACCUGUUUGGGAGGAACCCAGACUUGUGUGACUUCACCAUUGACCACCAGUCAUGCUCGCGUGUCCAUUCUGCCCUGGUCUACCACAAACACCUGAAAAGGGUCUUUCUAAUAGACCUCAACAGCACACAUGGUACUUACCUCGGACACAUCCGCCUGGAGGCACACAAGCCUCAGCAGGUGCCCAUAGACUCUACUAUGUCUUUUGGAGCCUCAACACGGACCUACACAAUCAGAGAGAAACCCCAAACCCAGGGCACUGCAGGUACAGGAGACAGUAAGACCGGAGAGGACGAGGAGCUGAAAGGUCUGCUCGGACUUCCAGAAGAAGAGACGGAGCUAGAGAACCUAACAGAGUUCAAUACAGCGCACAACAAGCGCAUCUCCCUCCUGACCAUCGAAGAGGGCAACCUUGAAAUCCAGAGGCCGAAAAGGAAACGGAGGAACUCCAGAGUUACUUUCAACGAGGAGGACUGUAUCAUUAAUCCAGAGGAUAUAGACCCAAAUGUGGGACGUUUUAGAAAUAUGGUGCAGACUGCCGUCAUCCCCAUCAAGAAACGAAGAUCCGAGGGCCAGAACACGCUGGGUCUCGAUGACAUGGCUGGUAAACGCAUGCACGCCUACAGCUUGGGCGGAGGUCUCUACGGAGACUUGCCUCCCACGAGUCAUGAGAACCAGCCAACAGGAGCUCCAGGGGGCGCCGCUAUGCAGGGAGGGCUCCCUCUGCCUUUCCCUAAUCCCGCCCCAGAGGUGGACCUGGACCCGGAGGCUCACCAGCCGCCCGUCACCCUCAACCCCACCCCCGUCACAGCGCCCUACCUACCAGAGACGCUCAACGAGCCACGCAAAAAGAAAUACGCCAAAGAAGCUUGGCCGGGCAAGAAACCCACCCCCUCACUACUCAUCUAACCAGUUUGUUAAAGCUGCUGGCUCUCAGGUUACCAGGAGAACAUCAGGGACUGUGACCUGGCAGAGGUGGCGUCUUUCUUUUUCCUUUUUUAAAAAAAGAAACAGUUGUGUUAGGCUAAUUAAACCGCGGUGUGUUGCAAGGAGUCAUCUACGAAGUCAGCAGUCAAUGUUUUGGCAAAAUGAACAAAGCGAACAGACUCGGCAGUUAAACCUACUUGUCUGAGAGACGAGGCUACAAGGAAGUCGUGGGUCACAGAGUUAUUUUUCUUGACGUCCACUCAACACAUCACGGCGCAGUUAUCUCACUCCUUCAACUUUUUGAUAGUGGCAUCAAACACGCGGCUGAGGAAGUAUUUUGUACGAAAUAUUUUACUGUGAGAAGACGAGGAAGUCAGAGAAUCAGACUCUAACAAAACACAGGGCUGCUUUCUAUUUUAAGAACUUGUUGACAUUGUGUUGUUCAGUGUUUUUCUUUUAAAAUAUAAUUUUAUUGCUCAAACUCAAACAUUUUAGCGAUAACGUGGUAUGAUGGCAUUUGUCCUCCAGGCCACUACGCGGUGUCUGACUGAAAAAAAAGCACAGUUGUUUUCAGCCUGUUCAGCGGUAUGUGGCAUCCCAUAAUAGUGGUUUCCUCCGCAGAUAAAAGCCUUACGUCAUUA